AUGGUUAUUAUUCGUGCCAAAGUCAAAAAUUGUUCUUGUUGCGGAACAGCAUCACCUCAAAAAGAAAUUCUGUCGUGCACAAUAUUUCGUCAGCCUGAUCUUGAUAUGAGACCACCACCAAUGCAACGUCAGACAAUGGCUGCUUGGAUUGAAUAUUGCUCUCAUUGUGGGUAUUGUAGUGACAACAUAGACGAUCAGAACGGAACGACGCGCAAAAACAUUAUCGAGUCACCAGACUAUCAAGCACAGCUAUCUUCCAAUGAGUAUCCAGAAUUAGCAAAUCGAUUCCUUUGUUAUUCAAUUCUAUUGGAAAAUGAAAAUAGCUUAGCAGAAGCUGCGUGGCAAGCACUUCGAGCUGCUUGGACUUGUGAUGAUGCCAAUAAUCAACAAGGAGCAUUUAGUAGCCAACUUGGUCUCGAUCGAUGCAUUCAAGCUGAUGCAUUACGACGCGCAGGAGAAUUUCAACGUGCUAAAGAAUUACUUCAACAUCAACAGGGUGGAGAAGAAAGAAUCAAGAUUUGGUUUAAAUUUCAACUUCAUUUAAUUGAAUCGAACGAUACAAGAUGCUACACAAUUACAGAUGCUCAAAAGUAUCAUGAUCUUCACAUAGAAUAA